AUGCAAACCGCUUCGACAACACAGAUCUGCUUGAGGCCGUGGUUCCGCUUCGGCUUGGCGAGCUCUGCAGCUUUGGUCCUUAGCUCUCUUGUCUUCUUUGUCGUCUGGCAGGGGAGAUCGAGUUCCGGAAGGAUGGAGCCGCGCAUCCUGGAGCCCGUAGAAGAGGCAAGCGACCGCCGACUUGGACCAGAGGGCAGCGACGAGUUUCUGAGCCUGGGGCUUAGCACCGUAUGCCGCUCCAGUCUGAGGAACAUCACGGAGAUCGUGCCAUCGCAAGGCAUGGUGAAGACAAAUCUGCCGCGGCAAAGCUGCGAGGACCUUUGCAUCAAGGACGGCCGUUGCCGAGGCUACGAAUAUCGCUACGGAGAGCGGCGUUGCGAACUUUGGCAUGAAUCCAUCCUGGCACACCUGAAUGUCUUUCACAACCGAACGGUCUCGGGACCACCGGACUUCGUCUGCGUGGUGCGGCAGCCCACCUGUCGAGAACUUCGCGGCCAUAAGUCUCUGAAGAACGAAGAGGUGAACAGCCUGAGCUUCUACCUCAUGGAGUUCUGCGACACUGGUCCUACACCCGAGCUGUACGGCCCCUGCUCCAAACGCUAUGCCGAGGACAUCAUACAGACAAGCCAGCGGCUAUGCGAUGCAGUGAGACAUGUUUGUGGCACUGCUACCUGCUAG